GAGAUCAAUAUAAGAGAGUAGCUAUUAACUAAAAUAUUUGUUUCAUUUGGCCAAGGGCAUGAAAUUUGCCAGGCACGCUCUGCAGACAACUUUGUAAUAUUUUUUACAAUGUCUUAUUCAAGUCAAACUAUGUGGUUGCCACACGUUAAACUUCUAAUUUUCUUUCUGGCCAUCUACAUUAUUUCUGGUCAUAUAUUGAGGUAAGUCUGAAUAUCAUAUAACUUUUGAUCAUUUCUUCUUGUUUUACUGCAUAAUUUUCUGUCUUCCUAGUGUCACUAAGAACCUUUGAUUUAUUUUACCGUAAAUCAAUUAUAUCAACUGCAACCCUAACUAAAUUGCAUAGACUUGAUUGAAAAUUUUGUAAGUUAAAUAAUUCUGAGUAAAGUCAACUACGGCCCUAGGAUUGCUGAUAGUAUCUGAUAAAUUCUGUCUAAGUACCGCCUGUUUCCCCCAUCCACCAAUCAUAUUGUAAGACAAAAUAUAAUAAGAAGGUGACAAAAUCAUCAAAAUGUUUACCUAUCAUAAUUAACUACACACUAAGAUCUCUUCAAUCUCUCCCAUCAUACUUGUUAUUAACAUAUUUGUGUUGUCCCACUUCUUCAUACUCAUCGAAGAAACAAACAUAAUAUCAUCAUGAGCUCGGACAACAUAAAUAAUGGUCACGGAAUACAUCCUGACUUCUGGCAAAACGCCGCUUCUUACCAUGGCAGCAGCAAGAUUUUAAUUGUCAUCAUCCUUGUUUUUUCUAUUUUCAUCCUUGUCGUCUGCGCUUAUCAUCUAUACCCAAGAUUCGUUCUCCGCGGCCGCCGUAGAUCCACCUUCCAAGGCCACUCUCCCACCCUCGUUACUCAGCCACCCAAACAUGGCCUCGAAAUAGUUGUCAUUGAUUCUCUCCCUACAUUCGUGGUUGAAGUCAACGGUAAUCAUGACGUCUCGGCUACCGAAUGUGCGGUGUGUCUAGCCUUGUUGGAAGAGAAAGAUGCGGCGAGGAUGUUACCGAACUGCAAGCACGUUUUCCACGUGGCAUGCGUUGACACAUGGCUCGCAACACACUCCACUUGUCCUAUUUGUAGAAGUGAAGUCGAGCCGAAUAAAAGGCUUGAGCCUGAGCCAAGAGAAGGCCCAGUUGGCGACGGUGCAUCUUCGUCGGAUUACAAGAGUGGUGGGUCAUCGGUUGUGAGGUUAGAUUUGUUUCCGAGGAUUUUGACAAGGGAAAGAUCUUCGGACAGGAUCGAUCAUUCUCGCGUUGACCAAGAUCGUGUAUUAGAUCUUGAAAGACAAUGAAUAAUAGUACUCUUGCUCACGUACGAUAUUACUUUUGUUCCUUUAUAGCCUUCUUACUAAAAUCUUUUGUAUGCUACUGUACAAAAUACGCAUUAUUGAAAAAGCCGUUGUUGAUUAACGUGUGAAAAGAAGAAAAUAAAAAGUGUUGAACUUGUAAAAUACAAUUCAGACAACUUUGUAAUAUUUUCUCAAUGCGUGUCUACAUCGAACACUCUUCUUCAAGUCAAACUAUAUAUGUGCUAGCCAGAAGCUACACGUAUACUCACACGUUUACACUUUUAAUUUUCUUCCUGACCAUGAACAUUUCACAUUAUAUUCGAGUCAUAUAUUGGGAUAAACUUGAAUUAUCAUUUUUGUUGAC